AUUAAAUAAAGUUAAUUUACUUCCUUCCUUCUAAUAUUCAUUGCGGUAAAUGAAAGAUAUAAAUUGAUGAAACUUUUUACUGUGAUUUUAUCACGAUUUUUAUAGAAUUCAUGGAACAAAUUUUAUAUUCGAUAAACUCCAAAUAUUUGUAUACAAGAACAUCGAUAAGAAAAAGCGUAGAUACGAUUAGAUGUGGGAUAGUAGAUACGUAAACGUGUAUCAAUGCUUUCAUUCAUUCCUUAACCAUAUAGUUCCUCAAAGAAAUUAUUAAAAUUGUGAUCUAACAAUGUGCGUUUUUAUACGAAUUUUUUUAACGCAUUUACUUCUUGCUUAUUUUGUCAUCGGUGGUCCAGAAGAAGAACAAGGCGUUAAAUAUGCAAAUAAAUGCGAAGUAUGCAAAGUUGUGGCCACAGAAUUGGAGGCUAGAUUAGAUGAAACUGGAAAGACACAUGAUGUACUGGAAAUUGGAUAUUCUGUUGAUGAUGUUGCUCCCAAGAAGAAGAAAGAAUACAAGAAAUCAGAAUUACGUUUAGUAGAAAGUAUGGAAAAUCUUUGUGAACGAAUAUUGGAAUAUAAUAUUCAUAAGGAGAGAUCAGAUAGUUCAAGGUUUGCAAAAGGAAUGAGUCAAACAUUCAAAACGCUUCAUGGACUUGUGGACAGAGGUGUUAAAGUUGAGUUAGGAAUUCCAUAUGAAUUGUGGGAUAAACCAUCUGUUGAAAUUACAACUUUGAAAACACAAUGUGAAAAUUUACUUGAGAAUCAUGAAUCUGACAUUGAAGAGUGGUACCAUAAACAUCAAGGAAAAAUACCUUUAAUUAGGUAUCUGUGUUCAGAUAGGGCAUUAAAAGAAGGAGAUGAUUCUUGCCUUAAAGAUAAAGAUGAUGAUGUUAACGAUACAACUGAAAAAAAGAAGAGGAAGAAAGACAAAAAAGGAAACACGAAAAAGGAGAAAAAUGCAAAAGAAGAAUUAUGAAUCAUUGAAAACAGAUUUUUAUAACUGUAAAGACAUCCUCAUGACAUAUCUUCAUCAUGAAUUUAUCUACAUCUUUGUAUCUAGUCUGUAAAUAAUAAACGUUCCACCAAUUAAUGACA